AUGGAUGGAAAUCUUGCUGUGAUAGCCAACUCUGUGGUGAAUGACUGUAUCCAGGUGGCUGCUGAUCUAGGUGGGGACCAUCCUCCACCUCCAGUUCCCCAAGCACCUCCUACUCCCCAUCCUACACCCCAACCUCCUCCUCCACCUCCGCCUCCACCUCCACCUCCUCCUCCACCUCCACCUCCACCUCCACCUCCACCUCCACCUCCACCUCCACCUCCACCUCCACCUCCACCUCCACCACCACCUCCACCUCCUCCUCCACCUCCACUUCCAUGUACCGAACCACCUCCACCUCCACCUCCACCUCCAACUCCACCUCCACCUCCACCACCACCAUCUCCCCCUCCACCUCCCCCUCCACCACCGUCUCCACCUCCACCGCCACCCCCACCUCCAUUUGCACCUCCACCUCCACCUCCACCUCCACUAUCUCCACCACCUACACCUCCACCUGCAAAUGGAUUUUCACUACUACCCACAAUGGCACCUCCACCUCCACCUGCAACUCCCCCUGCACCUCCAACCCCACCUCCUACUCCACCUCCAUCUCCACCUACACCUCCAGCUCCACCACUACCUCCAACCAGUCCUCCACCUCCGCCUCCACCUCCGCCUCCACCUCCACCUCCACUUCCAAAUCCACCUCCAACUAUACCUCCACCUCCCCAACCACCUCCUCCUGCAACUCCCCCUCCACCUCCACCUCCACCACCACCUCCACCUCCACCUCCACCACCACCUCCACCUCCCCCUCCACCUCCCCCUCCACCUCCACCUCCAGAUCCCAAACCAACUAUACCUCCACCUCCAACUGCACCUCCAACUCCACCUCCACCUCCACCUCCACCUCCACCUCCACCUCCACCUCCACCUCCACCUCCACCUCCACCUCCACCUCCACCUCCACUACCACUUCCACCUCCACCUCCAACACCUCCAACUCCACCUCCAACUCCACCUCCAACUCCACCACCAAUUCCACCUCCACCUCCAAUUUCUCCACCAAUUCCACUUCCACCUCCAACCCCACCCCCACCUCCAACUCCACCACCACUUCCUCCUCCAACUCCACCACUGCCUCCAACCACACCUCCACCUCCACCUACUAUUCCACCUCCAACUACAACUCCACCACCACCUCCACCUACAACUAUAAUUCCACCUCCACCUCCACCUACAACUCCUCCUCCACCUACAACUCCUCCUCCACCUCCAACUCCACCAAUUCCACCUCCAACUCCACCACCACCUGCACCUCCACUUCCACCUCCAACUCCACCACCAGCUCCACCUGGACCUCCACCUCCAACUCCACCUCCACCUCCAUCUCCUCCUGGAACCUCACAUUCACAUGUAUCUUCUCCUGGACCACCUUCUUCAGGCGGAUAUUUCUUGUCCAGUUGA